UCCCAGUGCUGUGUUUUUAAAGCCCAGGAAACUCCAUUUCAUGGUUCUGUGGUUCUCCACUGCCAUUUCCAGACUUGGGUGCAUCUGACAGCGGGAAAGUAGAAGACAAAGUUGGGAUUGGUUGGUAUAAAAUUACAGAAUGCUGAGGAAAAUUAUGCCCAGGAUUCAAAUUUAAACUCAGUUAGCAUUUUUUGAAAUAGUAGACUAGGUUCUUUCUCCUAUGUCAUGUAAUAUUCUUAACUGUCCUGCGAGGUAGGUAGUGCUGUUGCCAUUUUCCAGAUGAAGAAAUUGAUAUUCAGGCACGUUCAAUAAUAUGCUUAAGUUUAUAUGCCUAGUAGGUGGUGGGGCCAGGAUUUGAUCUCUGCUCUUAGGCCCAGCAGUUUUUGUAUUUAGCUAUGUUGCAUUUAAUUUGUAGGCCAUGGAAGUCUCUUUCUAAGUGUUUUUUGUAUUUUUGGUUUUUUGGUUUUUGUUUUGCUGGGGAGGUAAAUGGUCACAAUAGAGUUGUGGUUCUAAUGUUUCUGAAGAGGCCCCUUCUCUGCCCAAAUGCUCCCAACCACUACUCACGCAAGUGGGCUCAACUUCAUGAAACGUUGUUUAAUCUGUCAAAAAGGAUUUUCCUUUUGAUAGUGUAUAUGAAAGUUCCUGUCAUUAAGUUGGCAUUUAGUUAUUGUUUCCCAAACUUAUGAGUGAGUCAUAUAAACUCACUACACUGUAUCCCUACCUAUAUAAUUAUUCCUACACUAAUUUCUUCAUUUGCUUAUUUCUGUCCCCAGAUGGUAAGUGCAGUAAAACUCUUUGGACAAGCAAGAUGGUAUAUACAGAGCAGUCCAGUAUAAUUGCUUUUUUUAAGGUACACAUGAGAGGGGCAAUUGUGAGAGGAAUGGAUAAUGGAAGAGAUGGAGCCAUCUGAUUCUUACUCUCUCCUCCCAGUCAUCUUCAGGCAGGCCGUGAGAAGCUGCAGCAAUGUCUGAUUUUGUGGAAAGCGAGGCCGAGGAGUCAGAGGAAGAGUACAAUGAUGCAGGCGAGGUGGUGCCCCGGGUCACCAAGAAAUUUGUAGAAGAGGAGGAUGACGAUGAGGAGGAGGAGGAGGAGAACCUGGAUGAUCAGGAUGAACAAGGAAACCUGAAGGGCUUUAUCAAUGACGAUGACGAUGAAGAUGAAGGGGAGGAGGAUGAGGGUAGUGACUCUGGUGAUUCAGAAGAUGAUGUUGGCCACAAGAAGAGAAAACGCACAUCUUUUGACGACCGCUUGGAGGAUGAUGAUUUUGAUCUCAUUGAGGAGAAUUUGGGUGUCAAAGUCAAAAGAGGACAAAAAUACCGACGUGUCAAAAAAAUGUCAGAUGAUGAGGACGAUGACGAAGAGGAAUAUGGCAAGGAGGAACAUGAAAAAGAAGCUAUUGCAGAGGAGAUCUUUCAGGAUGGGGAAGGGGAAGAAGGGCAGGAGGCCGUGGAGGCCCCCAUGGCUCCUCCAGAGGAGGAGGAAGAAGAUGAUGAAGAGUCAGACAUUGAUGACUUCAUUGUGGAUGACGAUGGACAACCACUGAAAAAACCUAAGUGGCGGAAAAAGCUUCCUGGAUACACUGAUGCUGCCCUGCAAGAAGCCCAGGAGAUUUUUGGUGUGGACUUUGACUAUGACGAAUUUGAGAAAUAUAAUGAGUAUGAUGAAGAACUGGAGGAAGAGUAUGAGUAUGAGGACGAUGAGGCUGAGGGCGAGAUCCGAGUGCGCCCCAAGAAGACCACCAAGAAACGUGUGAGCCGCAGGAGCAUCUUCGAGAUGUAUGAGCCCAGUGAGCUGGAAAGCAGCCACCUCACAGAUCAGGACAAUGAAAUCCGAGCUACUGACCUGCCUGAGAGGUUCCAGCUCCGUUCCAUCUCCGUCAAGGGGGCUGAAGAUGAUGAACUGGAAGAAGAGGCUGACUGGAUCUACAGGAAUGCCUUUGCCACACCAACCAUUUCUCUGCAGGAAAGCUGUGAUUACCUAGACCGAGGGCAGCCAACCAGCAGCUUCAGUCGAAAAGGACCCAGCACAAUUCAGAAGAUUAAAGAGGCCCUGGGCUUCAUGAGAAAUCAGCAUUUUGAGGUGCCUUUCAUUGCUUUCUACCGGAAGGAGUACGUGGAGCCCGAGUUGCAUAUCAAUGACCUGUGGAGGGUGUGGCAGUGGGAUGAAAAGUGGACCCAGCUGAGGAUCCGUAAGGAGAACCUAACACGGCUGUUUGAGAAGAUGCAGGCUUAUCAGUAUGAGCAAAUCUCUGCUGACCCUGACAAGCCCCUUGCUGAUGGCAUCCGGGCUCUGGACACCACCGACAUGGAGAGGCUCAAGGAUGUACAAUCAAUGGAUGAACUGAAAGAUGUCUACAAUCAUUUCCUGCUUUAUUAUGGUCGUGACAUCCCCAAGAUGCAGAAUGCCGCCAAGGCCAGCCGCAAGAAGCUAAAGCGUGUAAGAGAAGAGGGAGAUGAGGAAGGUGAUGGUGAGGAGGCAGAAGAUGAGGAACAGAGAGGGCCAGAGCUCAAGCAGGCUUCCCGCCGAGAUAUGUACACCAUCUGCCAGAGCGCUGGGCUAGAUGGCUUGGCCAAAAAGUUUGGGCUUACUCCUGAGCAAUUUGGGGAAAACCUCCGGGACAGUUACCAGAGGCACGAGACAGAGCAGUUUCCUGCAGAGCCCUUGGAGCUGGCCAAGGAUUAUGUUUGCAGCCAGUUCCCUACACCAGAAGCUGUGCUGGAAGGUGCCCGCUACAUGGUAGCCCUGCAGAUUGCCCGAGAGCCCCUUGUCCGGCAGGUGCUGAGGCAAACUUUCCAGGAGAGAGCCAAGCUCAAUAUAACCCCCACCAAGAAAGGCAGAAAGGAUGUGGAUGAAGCCCACUACGCUUACUCCUUCAAGUACUUAAAGAACAAGCCUGUUAAGGAACUGAGAGAUGACCAGUUCCUCAAGAUAUGCCUGGCUGAAGAUGAAGGGCUGCUCACCAUUGACAUCAGCAUAGACAUGAAGGGGGUGGAAGGCUAUGGCAAUGACCAGACGUAUUUUGAAGAAAUCAAACAAUUCUACUACCGAGAUGAGUUCAGCCACCAGGUGCAGGAGUGGAAUCGGCAGCGGACCAUGGCCAUUGAGCGAGCUUUGCAGCAGUUCCUGUACGUGCAGAUGGCCAAAGAGCUCAAGAACAAGCUGCUGGCUGAAGCCAAAGAAUAUGUCAUAAAGGCCUGUAGUCGGAAGCUCUACAACUGGUUGAGGGUGGCACCCUACCGGCCGGAUCAACAGGUAGAGGAAGAUGAUGACUUUAUGGAUGAGAACCAAGGGAAGGGCAUCCGAGUCCUAGGCAUUGCUUUCUCCUCUGCCAGAGAUCACCCUGUGUUCUGCGCCUUGGUCAACGGUGAAGGAGAAGUGACAGACUUCCUCCGGCUGCCUCAUUUUACCAAACGGCGAACUGCAUGGAGAGAGGAAGAACGGGAGAAGAAGGCUCAAGACAUUGAAACGCUAAAGAAAUUCCUCCUGAACAAAAAGCCUCAUGUGGUGACAGUUGCAGGAGAGAACAGGGAUGCCCAGAUGUUGAUUGAGGAUGUGAAGCGCAUUGUGCAUGAGCUGGACCAAGGUCAACAGCUGUCCUCUAUUGGGGUGGAGCUGAUUGACAAUGAAUUGGCCAUUCUCUAUAUGAACAGCAAGAAAUCAGAGGCAGAGUUCCGGGAUUACCCUCCUGUGCUGAGACAGGCAGUCUCCCUGGCCCGGCGUAUCCAGGACCCUCUGAUUGAAUUUGCCCAGGUUUGCAGCUCUGAUGAAGACAUUCUGUGCCUCAAGUUUCACCCCUUGCAGGAGCAUGUGGUGAAAGAAGAGCUGCUCAAUGCCUUGUACUGUGAAUUUAUCAACCGAGUCAAUGAGGUUGGAGUUGAUGUCAACCGUGCCAUUGCCCACCCCUACAGCCAGGCCUUAAUUCAGUAUGUCUGUGGCCUGGGACCUCGAAAAGGGACCCAUCUCCUAAAGAUCCUGAAACAGAACAACACCAGGCUCGAGAGCCGGACCCAGCUGGUCACCAUGUGCCACAUGGGUCCCAAAGUCUUCAUGAAUUGCGCUGGCUUCCUCAAGAUCGACACGGCCUCCCUGGGGGACAGCACUGACUCAUAUAUUGAAGUCCUUGAUGGUUCCCGAGUUCACCCUGAGACCUAUGAGUGGGCCAGGAAGAUGGCAGUGGAUGCUCUGGAAUAUGAUGAAUCAGCCGAGGAUGCCAACCCUGCAGGGGCCCUUGAGGAGAUCUUGGAAAACCCAGAGCGACUCAAGGACCUGGACUUGGAUGCCUUUGCAGAAGAACUGGAGAGGCAGGGCUAUGGUGACAAACACAUCACUCUGUAUGACAUCCGAGCAGAGCUGAGCUGUCGGUAUAAGGACCUCCGGACAGCCUAUCGCUCUCCCAACACAGAGGAAAUCUUCAAUAUGUUAACCAAAGAAACACCAGAGACCUUCUACAUUGGAAAGCUCAUUAUCUGCAAUGUCACUGGCAUCGCCCAUAGGCGUCCACAGGGUGAGAGCUAUGACCAGGCAAUCCGCAACGAUGAGACAGGGCUAUGGCAGUGCCCCUUCUGUCAACAGGACAAUUUCCCUGAACUAAGCGAGGUCUGGAACCACUUUGACAGUGGUUCAUGCCCAGGCCAGGCCAUCGGUGUCAAAACAAGGCUAGACAAUGGUGUCACUGGCUUCAUCCCCACCAAAUUCCUCAGCGACAAAGUGGUAAAGCGGCCGGAGGAACGAGUGAAGGUGGGAAUGACUGUUCACUGCCGCAUCAUGAAGAUUGACAUUGAGAAGUUUAGUGCAGACCUGACCUGCCGCACCUCAGACCUCAUGGACAGGAACAACGAGUGGAAACUGCCCAAGGACACCUACUAUGACUUUGACGCUGAAGCAGCAGACCACAAGCAGGAAGAGGACAUGAAACGGAAGCAGCAGCGGACCACAUAUAUCAAGCGAGUGAUUGCACACCCGUCCUUCCAUAAUAUAAAUUUUAAGCAAGCAGAAAAAAUGAUGGAGACCAUGGACCAGGGUGACGUGAUCAUCCGACCGAGCAGCAAGGGUGAAAAUCACCUGACAGUGACCUGGAAGGUCAGUGACGGCAUAUACCAGCACGUGGAUGUGCGGGAAGAGGGCAAGGAAAAUGCCUUCAGCCUGGGAGCCACCCUGUGGAUCAACAGUGAGGAAUUUGAAGACUUGGAUGAGAUUGUUGCCCGCUAUGUUCAGCCUAUGGCGUCCUUUGCCCGGGACCUUCUGAACCACAAGUAUUAUCAGGACUGCAGUGGUGGGGACCGUAAGAAAUUAGAGGAGCUGCUCAUCAAAACUAAGAAGGAGAAGCCCACCUUCAUUCCCUAUUUCAUCUGUGCCUGCAAGGAACUGCCCGGCAAGUUCCUACUGGGAUACCAGCCCCGGGGUAAACCCAGGAUAGAAUAUGUAACAGUGACUCCAGAAGGAUUCCGGUACCGGGGCCAAAUCUUCCCGACUGUGAAUGGCCUUUUCAGAUGGUUUAAGGAUCAUUAUCAGGAUCCUGUACCAGGCAUCACCCCCAGUAGCAGCAGCAGGACCCGGACACCUGCCUCUAUCAAUGCUACCCCAGCCAAUAUCAACCUUGCAGAUCUGACACGGGCUGUGAACGCCCUGCCCCAGAACAUGACCUCACAGGUGUUCAGUGCCAUUGCUGCCGUGACAGGACAAGGCCAGAACCCUAAUGCCACCCCGGCGCAGUGGGCCUCCAGCCAGUAUGGCUAUGGCGGCAGUGGAGGGGGCAGCAGCGCUUACCACGUGUUCCCGACGCCAGCCCAGCAGCCGGUGGCCACGCCACUAAUGACCCCCAGCUACUCCUACACAACCCCAAGCCAGCCCAUCACCACACCACAGUACCACCAGCUACAGGCCAGCACCACCCCUCAGUCUGCCCAGCCCCAGCCCCAGCCCUCCUCCAGCUCCCGGCAACGGCAGCAGCAGCCAAAGUCCAACAGCCAUGCAGCCAUCGACUGGGGGAAGAUGGCGGAACAGUGGCUGCAGGAGAAGGAGGCAGAACGGCGGAAACAGAAGCAGCGGCUGACACCUCGGCCCUCCCCCAGCCCUAUGAUCGAAAGCACCCCCAUGUCUAUUGCUGGCGACGCCACCCCACUCCUGGACGAGAUGGAUCGGUAGGGGGCCUGCUCCUAGGACUCUGGUUACCUCUGAGGCUGGGAGAGGCCUGGCUGCCCAUUGCCUCACUCCUUGCCCCUCCUUUUCUGUCCAUAAAGUGGAGUGAAUUGACGUUCUCUUGGUGGUCAGCCUGGAUGGGUGACAGUCUGGAUGACCUUGCACACUUGAGCUCAGUGUACGCUAGGCAACAAUACUCCCACUCCAGGUCCUCACCGACCACCUGUCCUGGGACCAGGCUGGGAAGGGAGUGUGGCAGGGAGGAAGAAGAGGAAGAAGAAAAUGAGAGUGGAACAGUUUUGUAUUCUACUCCCUACAAGCCAUUUUGAGCUUCUGCUCUCACCUGACUCUGGGCUGUGACGGAGCACCAGCUCAGCACGUGAGUCUCCCCCAGCUCUCGUGGGGAGAUGAAUGCUAUUUAUUCAGUUUGGGACAGGAGAGAGGAGGGAAGGUAUUUCUGACCGAUACCAACAGCUUGGGUGGCUAUCAAAGCAGGAUCACAGGGACGCAGGGGAGCAGCGCUAACCUGCCCAGCCCCACCUGGCUGCCCCUGCCCCCUGCUGCCAAGCUUCCUGCCCAUCAUUUGAAUAAACAGUGUUUCUACAGAGCACUUGGCAAA